AUGGCAACUCAGACGACGACAGUGACCCAACUCAAGGUUUCCGCUCAGGAUCGUCCUUUCUUCACCCUCGACGAGCUCAUCAAGAGACGGGCACUCGAACUCGGUGAUGCGCCCUUACUUGGGUACCCUAACGAGGGCCUUCUAGAUUUCGAGGAGCACAGCGCUCGCGCCGUGGACCGGUAUGUCGACGCCGCCGUGCAGAGGCUACAGCAGCUGGGUCUAUCCUCCGUUGACUCAAAUUCUGAGAAGGCCCCCGUGAUAGGAAUCCUCGCUCACUCCGGUUUGCAUGUCGUCAUCACGAUUAUGGCUCUUAGCCGGCUAGGAUACGCAGUGUUUCUUGUCUCGACGAGGCUUCAGAGCCCAGGAAUCGCCCGCCUUUCCGAAGUUCAGCAGGAACGCGAGCUCGAUGUUUUGCCACUGCUGUCUCACUCAGACUACUACGGCAAAGAUGCCCCCGUGUUUUCCAGAACCUAUGACCCGGAGCGAGAAUCGAGGAAGAUUGCCGCCAUCAUCCACUCCUCCGGUUCGACAGGCCUUCCGAAACCAAUCUACCUAACUCACAAGAGCUGCAUUGGGGCCUUUUCCGUUCACAUGAAUAUGAGGGCCUUUAUUGUAUCCCCCUUAUUUCACAGCCACGGAUUUUACGAGACAUUUCGCUCAAUCUACUCAAAGAAGCCCAUCUAUUAUGGUAACUACAAUCUGCCUCUGACGAGACAGAAUCUCAUCCAGAUGAUCAACUACGUCAAGCCUGAAAUCUUCCACGUGGUUCCCUAUGUCGUGAAGUUACUAGCUGAAACAGACGAGGGUAUCCAGGCGUUGGCAAGUGUGAAACUCGUUCUCUUUGGGGGAAGUAGCUGUCCAGAUGACCUUGGCGACCGUCUGUGUGUCUGCCUCGACGGCAUCCCCUCGAAGUCGACAUCGAACUCGGAUUCGCCACCAAACUCAUUUCGAACGCGUGAUCUCUUCGUGAAACAUGCCACGCAGCCCGACUGGUGGAAGUAUGUCAGCAGACUUGACGACAGGUUCACUCUGAUCAAUGGCGAAAAGGUGCUCCCUAUUCCCAUCGAAGGGAGAAUCCGCCAAGAGGAAAUUGUCAAAGAGGCUAUAGUCUUUGGCGAGCAGAGAAGUUAUCCCGGUGCUCUAAUCGUCAAGGCGGACAAUGCUGCGAGCCUAACUGAUGCGGAGUUCGUUGAAGCGAUCUGGCCGGCAGUUGAAGCCGCGAAUGCGAGAGCCGAGUCCUUCUCGCGCAUACCUCGAGAGCUCAUCAUUGUGCUUCCAUCGGAGACACAGUACCCCCGCACUGACAAGGGAACCUUUAUUCGGGCGCCGUUCUAUCAGCAAUUCGAAAAAGAGAUACAGAUCGCCUAUGACAGGUAUGAGAACGAAGAAGAAGGAGGCAGGUUGUCUCUUGUGGGCCAAGAGCUAGAGAUCUGGCUUUUGCAGCAACUCAAGAAGCAGUUGGGUAUCGACUUACCAUCUGCCGACGCAGAUUUCUUCGCUUCUGGCGUUGAUAGCCUCCAUUGCAUCCAGAUGUGGAGUCUGAUCAAGAGGGAAGUCGAUUUGGGUGGUCGUCAAAGCUACCUGGGACAGAACGUUCUCUACGAAUCUGGAAACAUCCGAAAACUCUCUGAACAUCUCGUUGCACUGAGAAACUGUCAAGUCGAAGCGGUACAAGACGAGCUACGAAAAAUGCAGGAUUUGGUAGCCAAGUACUCCUCCAUCACACCGCACGUCGCUUGUACAGCCCCGAAACCUGAGAAGCAUCUCGUGUUCCUCACUGGAGUGACAGGCGGCUUAGGAGCUCAUCUUCUUGGCCAACUCGCUGCCCUCCCAACCGUAUCCUCAGUUUGGGCAGCCGUCCGCGCACCCGACGAUACCGCCGCAGCAUCUCGCAUCGCACAGUCACUCACCUCCCGCGGCAUAUCUCUAAGCCCCCUCCAACAAGCUAAAGUGGUGCCGUUAUCCUGUGAUCUAGGCCUCCCAGAUUUCGGCCUCGGCGCCACCCGCAUCGCCGACCUGAAGUCGAGGCUCACAAUCGUAAUUCACAGCGCCUGGGCCGUCAACUUCAACAUCCCCGUGCAGAGCUUUGAAGACCAGCAUAUCAAGGCAGUACACAACCUCAUCCAGCUGUGCCAGUCCGUCGAGACACCCAAUCCCGCGCGGUUCUUCUUCUGCUCAUCCGUCUCCGCGUCAGGUGGGUCGCCUAGGCACGGUAAUGUGCCGGAGGGACCGGUCCCGACGCCGGCAUGGGCGCAGGGAACGGGCUAUGCGCGAUCCAAGUGGGUGUCUGAGCAUAUCACGCGUAAUGCGAAUCUGAACGCCGGUGCCCCUGCAAGAGUCUUGAGGAUCGGGCAGCUUGUGGGUGACAGUAAGGUCGGUGAAUGGAACACGACUGAGGGUAUUCCAUUGAUGAUUCAGACGGCUGUCACGCUUGGUUCCUUGCCGAAUCUAGAUGAGGAGAUGACUUGGCUGCCCGUCGACCAUGCCGCAGCGGCCAUCUUGGAACUCGUCAAUGCCGACGCGACCCCGCAACCGAGCGAGCGCGAUACCGAUCCCGACUUGGUGUACCACGUCCUUAACCCGACGCGCUUCCACUGGACCCGUGAUAUGCUUCCAUCCUUAUCCGAAGCUGGUCUGCGGUUUGAGAUACUCCCAACUGAUCAGUGGAUGGACAAGUUGCGGCAGUCUAAACGGGACCCGAAGAAGAAUCCGCCGAUCAAGCUCCUGGAUUGGUUUGAGAGCAAGUAUGGACGUACGGCUUCUGCGAAUAAGGGGGUCCUGGCAUAUUCAACGGCGGAAACUGAGAGGGACAGUCCAACGUUGAGAGAACUACCGGAUGUCACGGAUGUAAGGUUCAUCACGACGUUGGUCGAGAGGUUGAAAGCUCGAUGGGCGGCGGACGAUAGUGCAUGA